UUAACAAUAUUACAAGAGAUUCAAUUUUUGAUUAUAUUCACAAUACGAUUUUUCUUUUUUUUUUUUUUUAAAUAUACACGAAUUCAAUUCUCUAGAUAUAAUAUUUAAUCUAAUUAAUAUAGAAAAUUAAUGAUUCUAAUUUUUUUUUAUUGAUGUUUAAACGAAUAUAUUGAUUUUAUUUUUAGCACUAUAGACGAUUUAUCUCUCAAUCAAAAAAGGGAGCAAUAAAAAGGAACAUAAAGGGUCUUUAAUUGGAUCUGAUCAACUUAAUUAAAUUCAUGCGGUCGUCAACUGUUUGUCAGUGCGUCGGAAUAUACCAAACGAUCUUUUGAAUAAAUUAAUAUUCGAAGAGAAUAUUAAAAAAAAUUAAUUUAAUUACGCUUUGAUUUUGGGAUAUGGAUAUGUAAAAACGGGAAUACCUCUGAACAUUGAAAAUCGAUGAUCGAUUAUUUAAAAAUAUUAUGUUACAUAUUUAAUUAAUAAGUAUAAUCAUAUUUCGUUGAACACAUUCAUAUACAAAAUGUUUCAAAGUAAAAAGAUGAUUCCAUUUUAAAAAUUGACAAUAUUUCGUCAUAAUGAAAUCUCUAUAUUUUAUAUGAAAUUAAAUAAUAAAAUUAAAAUAAAAAUACAUGAGAUUGUCAGUAUUCUUUAUGAUAAAAAAAAAUUUACUACGUAUAUUGAAAUUGACGUGUAAUAAUAUGGAAAUUAUCAUAAAAAAGAAACAAAAAAUGAACUAGGCGUUCCCCAAGGCGUUUCGAUAAUUAAUUACUAACCUCUAUCUUGAUGGUGAGCACCGUUAUUUGCAUUCUCAUGCUAGGAAUUCAUUUGAACAUUUUCUGUCCUGACUUAAGAAAAUGUGAGAACUAAUUUAAAAUUUUAACAAUGCUAUUUUGUGAAUACAGUUUAAUUUCAAUUUAAUACGUUGAGAAAUUGAAGUCAAUUAGAAAAGUUAAUUUUAGAGAAUUUCCUAUAUAUUUCUUAAGUAGGUAAUAUCGUACGCAAAAAUUACCGAUUGUCAAUUGCUAUCUAUUAUUCGAAUAUAAUUGAAUACAACUCGUGUAUUUCGACAUAAAUUAAACUAAAAUAACGCUGAAACACUUUUCCCUUUUUUCACAUAAACAUAUAUCAUAGCCGAAUUGCUAUCACGAGCAACUUUCGCAACGAUUUACGACUUGCAACUUUCGUUCUAUAGUCAUAGACUGAGUUCGAACGAUUGAUCAUGGUUCCGUAAGUAACGUGAUAUCCCGCAAGGAAUGCUCGGCGAUACCUUUAAACGCGAAGUACUGUCGACAACGCACGUAGAACUUGACCCCGCUGCGUCAAUCCAUCGCCGUUUGGUGUCAGUGACCUGCCUCAAAAAAAGAAACUAAUUCCAUCGGCCAGUUGCCCGUUACAUACUUCUCUCAUCGCACAUAUGGCUAUGAGAUGGAUUCUGCGAUCUCUCGAGUCGAAUUCAGAGCCGCCUGUCGUUCGUUUUGGUGACUGGAUCGAUGUACCUACCGAACAAACUAUCCUUUCGAAAGAGGUUACCCGUUAGAAAUUCGGUGGAACGAAGCAUUGCGUCAUUAGUCAUUCUAUAUCUCUUGCGUAAACGUGAUCGUUUGUUGAUGAGUAUUGUGCAGUUAUAUUCGGUCACAAUAUUUAUUUGAGAAAUUAAAUAAUACAACAUUUACUGUUUUAAUUUUAAAAAAAUAUUAAAAAAUUUUUUUUUGGAUUACAUAUUCAUAAUAUGUAUUAUAUGACUAAGUAUAUAAUAAUUUUAUUCUAUCAAAUUUGAUUUAUGCAUUUUGAUUAUUUUAUUUUGAUAGAAAACGUAAUUGAAUAGCAGAUAUGACUAAUCUUUCUAUUUGGAUAUCUGAUUGUUCUUACGGAACAAACGACAAGACAUAUCGCUUAAGUUGAUUUUAUUGAUCACGAUUCAAGGCAAUGUUCGUAGUUAUCUAUUCAGUCGCUCGCAGGUCCAUUGAGUUGUGUAUGCAAAUCUAUGUAACGCAUGCUACUCGCGUAUACAUAGUUACAUAUAAAUGCAAGUGUCUACAAAAGACUGUUUUGCGAUAAUAACGAGACGUUUUGACAAGUAGGCGGCACUUUUUCAUAGCAAAGCAAUAAGACUCGUCAACGGAAAUGUAAUGUUUUUACGCGUCUCUUUGUACCAAUUUAAGAUAAACGAAUAUACGAGAGGGGACAAUUUGCGUUGGCAAAUUGACCUAUCAUUAAAGAAUGUUAUAAAUGCAUGUGGUCCUAUAUAUUAUUUUAUUUAGAAGAUCUAAUGUUACGAACCAUCAUUGUGGGAAUAGAAACCGGUAAGUUAUCUGUAGUAUAUGUUGCGAGCAAUACCUGUUUCUUUAGUGUGUUAUCUCUCAACAAGGCAAAGAUAUUUUAGUCCAUCUUUCAUUUGAUCAUGUUGCAAUCUCUUCUUCCGAAUCACAUGUACCGAUUUUCUGGCUCGUGAAGCGGUGAAACAUUGUCGCAUAAAAGAAGGAAAAAGAAUCGAUUCAAGUACAUAUAUCAACAAAAGGAUGGCGGCCUUUCGUGUUCCUUUAUGUCGUCUAAAUGUUAAAUCGGUACAAGAGAAGAAGAGAAGAAACUGAUCGGUAGCAAGCCGGCUUUACGAACACGUCCGGGGGGCCCCGCGUAACCAGUUUGUGAUUGGUUAAGCUGUGUACCACGUGGCGACGUUGCGCGGGUGGGGAUUGGCCAGCACGGCCGCGCUCCGCGGGCGAAAGCAGCGAGUUUUGUUCUAGUAUUUACCCCGCGGUGUAAAGUUGGCUCUCGCGCUCUCCGGUGUCCUUAAGUCACGUUCCAUUGUUCGCGUCGCUCCUUCAAGUUUCUCUCACACCGUAGAGAAUCCCCAUUGUUCCUGGGCUUGUGCUUUUUAGUGGUUGAACGCCAUACGAAUUGUGCGCCAUGUUCGCGCCGCGAACAACACGCGAUUCACCGGUUACCGUAGCAAGUGAUACGUUUUUUUCGUAAACAAGUUGUGUGUGCGUUUAAAUCCCAUUCUGGAUUUUACUGGCGGUGUGUACGACUACGUGUUCUUGCCGUUAGGAAGGCAAAAGUCUAGUGGUAGUAAACGACGAGGCGAGAGCACGCUGUGGGAUUGUGGAAUGCGCGCUGACAGGUAUCCACCACCGCGCCGUCGCACUCGGAAUUCACUAGAACGGAGACUCGGUAACCGGAAGGGUUGGACGGCAGAGCAUGAGGGUCGGCGUGGAAACGCGGGGAAAAGAUUCACAGCUCGGCGAAGCGGUUAAUGACUGGCGGUCACCGAACACAGCUGGACAGGUCUCCACCGGUUGGAGAUGAGCACGAAGGAAGCGAUCAGCACGAUGGCGACCACCGUUUCUUCAACGGGGGCGACGCUCGCGUCGUCGCCGAAGCUCGACGUCGAGGCAGAGGACGACGAGGAGGAGCCAUCGACCACGUUCGACGCGUUGGAUAUGGAUCUGGUGAACGGACCGAAUCCGUGGCUUCCGGCCUAUGGCUUCCAGCUGCAGCAUCGUUCCCAUUUUCAACCCACGCACGAGGAUCUGCGGACUAAUGAUACGGUGCUGGUGCAACAAGUGGAUUUUCUGGAGACCAUUUUAGAAGAAACGUCCGACGAUCUGCAGAGCGAUUCCGAUCGAAGUGGAACCACUUACUGGGUCGGCUCGGACUCCGAAACUGAAAGCGUGAUACACAUACGAGCGAAUAGAUUAGCUGACGAAAGGCUAGACGGGAGCGGGAGCGAGUGCAAUUCGGGGGCGGCGAGGAAGAAGAGGCGAAGGGGCGGCAAGUACAAUGGCGGCAACGAGCGGGAGCAUCAGGCGGUGUUCGACGAUUAUCCGGCUUCGCCCAGAUCGUCGAGAUCGUCCGCCUCCUCGAGAUCUAGCUCCCUUCUUCAGUUCGAGUCGUUGGAGAGGACGUGCGCCACCCUCUCCCCGUCGAGCUACAGCUUCGACUCGUUGGAGUAUCCGAACCGGUCGAACGCCUCCCAUCCCGGGAACACGUCUCCGGAUAGCCUCGAACAGGACUACGACAAGGCUCUGCCAAAUGGUUUUGGAAACGUGGACCACUUUUCCAGAAUCAGGCCUUACCGUAGCUUCGAGAGUCUGGACACGUGUCAGAAGGAGGAGGAGGAGUUCGGCCACGGUUGCCUCACCAAUGGAUUCACGCCUUUGUACCUGAAACGAAACGCGGAGCUGUCCGGGACGCGUAGCAACGGCUACCACCGCCCCUCAAGGGAUUUUUGGCACGAAGACGACGAAUACGAGGACAACAACGACGACGACGACGACGACGACGAUGACGAAGACGGCGUUGAGGAGGACCUCGAGGAGCAAUGUGCCUCUCGCGCAUCGAAGGAUAAUCGGUCGAGCACGGUCGAGCUCGAGGAUCGACUGAUGGUGUUCGGCGAUUGCACCUACGCCACGUCUCUGGAUUACAGGAACACGAUCGACCUUCGGGAGAUCGGGGUCGAGUCGAGGAGGGACGCCCUGUUGGAUCUGAAGUCGGGCCAGGCAGGCGUGUCGAGUUCGUUCCGUCUGUUGCAGACCAGGUUAAAUAUAGCCGGCAAUAUGGCGCACGUUCGCAACAACAUGGUCGCCGAUCAUUAUCAUCAUCAUCAUCAUCAUCAUCAUCACCACCAUCAUCUUCCUCUUCAUCAUCAUCAUUACCAGACUCAGCACAACCAGCACGAGCAGCAGCAGUUGCACGGCUACGAGCAGCACGAGCAGCAGCACCAGCGUCAAGGGUGGAGCAACGAGGACUGUUUUAAUUUUAGAUUCACGGAUAAAUCUCAAAGCGCGCCCAGUCUCCUCACCACCGUCGACGAGUCUACACGCGUGCCAUCGUCACGCUCCUUCUUCCCUACGUCGAACCACUUCGCCUCAAUUUCCUCGAAUCUGUUCGAGAAUUACACGAGAGUGGCCAGUGUCCCCGUCGAUUUGAACCUGUGCGGCGUCGAGGCGACGCGAGACGAUGAUACGCCCUCUCCAGUGAGCGAUCCUUCGAGUGUUCCACGCGAGCCCGACGAAAUGGCCGAAGUGAGCAACAGUAGCGACAGCGGCGUGCAGAGCGGCGAGAAGAGGCAAUCGAAGAAGAGCUUGGACGAAGAAGAGGAGGAGGAGGCGAAGAGGAAGAAAUGUUCGAGCUCGGUGAGAACCCAGGGAUCGUCGUACAACGCGAUCCUGGACGGGAGGAUGGUCGACGAGGAGUGCGCGGGAGGUGAGCAUUGCUCGAGGAAACGAGUCACUUCGACUGUGAAGACUCAGGAUCGUGCGUUGGACGGGAUGGGGGCGAUCGAGCAGUUGAAACGCUCGCAAUUCGAGGAGGAUAGCUCGAACGGUAACGCGGCGAGCGACGGUAUCGACGGAGGCCUGACGACGGUUGAAAGAACGCCGUCCGGGAAACAGCAACGGCCAUGGAAGGUGAAGAACAACGCGAGCUACGAGCUGGCCCAGCAAUUCGAGAUAGACGAGAGGAAUUUCCGGUCGAGCAAGUGGCGGAGGGAAAUCGGGAACGAGAGUGAGAAAGCGGGGGGGAGAAGCGUGGGGCGUAAACGUAAGGUGUUGAACAACGCGAGUUACGAGCUUGCCCAACAGUGCGACUACAUCAAGGCUCUCCAAUCGUGCAGAGGUGCUUUCCAACGAAUGGACGCGUGCGACGAGCUCGAGGAGCCGAUACUCGCUCGAAAAUCGUCGCUCAGGCUCAGGGUCUCCGACAUGGUGCAACAGAUGAGCAGCAGCUCCACGUCCAAUCUAACCGCGGCGUAUCGUAACGACGAACGCUCGUACAUGGACACGAGGCCGUAUUCCAAAUCGACGGAGAAUAUCUCCACUCAAUUCUCCACGGCCCCGUUCACCAGGAUCCCGAUCAACGAGCUUGGACAGCGGCUUCUCGGGGAGAAGCAGAAGGAGAAGGAGGUAGAGGGGGAGGAGGAGACGCUUUUGAGCCAGAUAAAAAAAAACUCGGAUCCAUUUUCAAUCUAUGGAGACGAUCCUAGUGCCCGUGCCCUAGUAGACGACGAGGUAGAUUUACCCUGCUUGGAGACCAAACCCAUAAUAGGAACUUCCAGCGUGGAGGGGAGCGCGUCGCAGGGAACGAGCUCGAACGAGACGAUUCCUCACCGAUCAUUCUCAACCCUGGAACGCGUUGGUUCGAACGCUUGUAACGAGGCCGCGGUUUCGAGUGCGGUUUCCAAGGACUUGUACGCCACCGCCACCAUCACCGACACCACCGACGCCGAUCGCGACGCGGUGGCGGUUGUCGAGGCGAGCAGUUGUUCCAAGAGAUCGUUCAUCGGUGAUUUCUAUCCGGAAAAAAUCGUGCGGUUGCAGCAACGGGAGGGCCAACGGGAGAACGAGAAGGAGGAGGAGGAGGAGGAGGCGGAGGAGGAGGAUCAUCGACCGAUCGACGAUCCGAGUAGCGAGGAUAAAAACGAGAGUCCUUCGACGAUACCUACCACUGUCCUAUCGUCGUCGGCCUGCAACGGUAGGAACGGUAGUGGAGAAUUGCUGUGGAGGGUCAUAGUGGAAAAGCAGGAGAAGGAGGCUACCGUGGAGAAGGUUACGAAGAGGGAAGAGGAAAACGAGAAGAGGAAGAAGAGAGAGAAAGAGAGAGAGAAGGAGGGAGCGGAAGAAGCGAGGGGACACGAGCAGCAGCACGGUGUCCACGGUGUUGGCGUUGGCCCCCCACCAGGCGGUAGCAGCAACAGCGACGGCCUGGAACCCGAUGGUGAACGGAGUGGGAAUCCAGCGGUGGCCGUGGCAGUUGAUACGAAUCAUCGCGGUGAUCGCGACAAACGUCACGAGGAGAACGCGGCGGCAACAACUGCGCCGGUUAGGGUAAACGAUAACGACGACAACGACGACGACAACGAGGAGGAGGGCCACGCGGCGACUGUUAUGUCGGCCACCACGACCACCACCACCACCGCAACCACCACCAACGCGAAACCGCGGCUGUUCGUCACGCCGGCAUCACCCGUCAUCGUUGGGCCAACCAUCGGGAACAACGACACGUCCGCGGCAAGAUUUCAACGAAACAUGGUCGUCGACGCGUCGUCCGCGACCACCGUGAAGGAGGAGAGGAAAAAGGGUGGAUUGGGUGGGUUCCUUCAACGUUUCUCGAGGCUACGGUUCAGUGGUAGAUCGAAAGUGCCGCGGUCCGAGGUGCAGAAAAAGAGUGAUACGAUCGGCCAAGUGAAUCGCGCGAAGGUGACCGGCGAGGAGAAGGUUAAGAAGGAGCCGGAUUAUAUCAUCAUUCCGUUACAUCCUCCGGAGGAGGAGAGGCAAAAGCAGGAUCAACAACAACAGAAUGUUGCCGAGAAUAGAGGCGAGGACACUGGGAAUGGCAGAACUGUCGCCGACGUUCAACGAAGUACCUCCAAUAUUAGCGCGAACGGGAGGGCGCCAGUGUCCAGCAAGCCGCCCCUGCCGCCUCAACCGCCCCGCUUCGGGGCGCUGGGCUCGAGAGCGUCGACGGGCGCGUCGGCGGCGACAGCGGCGGCGUGUUCGUCGCGCCGACGCGCGGCCACGGACCUUGGAAAUCCGGCGGCCAUCGAGAUGGCGAAAGCCCGCACGAUGCAGGCCGCCCAGGAGCGCCCGGUCGGCCUGCUCGAGACCGACCUCGACGAGGCCGUCGUGCCGUCGACCACGACCCCGAACGCCGCCUCCACCGGCAAAAAGACCAGGAGCCUGCUCAAUCUGAAUCACACCUCGACCGCCCCGCGGCCCAGGCCCGAGCACGCCCUCCACGUACCCCAGUCGCCUGUCGCCGCUUCGCACAGGAGCCCCCGCGACAAAGACGCCGCCUCCACCAUCAACCAACGGCCACACAAAUCCAUGGAGUUCCUCCUUGACAAGGAGAACCUGCAUUUCGUCAAGCCGCCGGAGAACGAGUUGCAGAAAGUCGGCGAACGUGUGCCAAGCGAGCACGAGCUCAGAGUGCAAAGGUCUCUGCAACGACUGAACGUCCCAGAUUGGUACAAGAAUUCUCCCGCUGCUCGCGAUGGUUUCCGGUUAAAGAGGCACUCAGAUGCGUCUCAGCACGGAGGAUGGCGUGCUCUCGGCUCGAAAACCACUUCCCUCUCGUCCCUUUCAUCGUCUUCCAAUAGACAGCCGACUACAGGUGCCCUUCUAAGUCCAAGUCCCACGCCACCUGUAUUCUCAAGAUGGAGUACCAGUCUGCUGAACAGCGCCGGAAGUUCGCCAGCGAGUUCAGCGAGAUCGUCGUUCAACCAUCGACAGCCAUACUUGGGCUGGCGGUCUCAGGAACGACUAACGAACCCGCGAACACCGGCAGAACGUCUUGCUCAGGGUAUUCUUCCCCAGUUGCAAGCAGCCAACAAGCAGCAACAACAGCAGCAGCAACAGCAGACAACGAAUCAGCAGCUAGAGGUAAGGAACUCUAUAAAGGAGGUAACCUCGGCCAUUGUGCACUACGUGCAAAGCGGUCAGGAGGUUGGUGGAGGUGGCAGGCUGUCGCCUCGACCUCGACCUGAAGACUGGGACGACAGGGGCGGAGCAAGGUCGACCAGCCCCAGAGGGAGCGUGAAGCUGUGUUGGAUGGAGAGCUCGUUCGUUGGCACGAGACCCGUGGAUUCGCCGGAGACACCGAUGAGUUUGGCCACGGAGACCGACUGCUGCCCGGGAUGCAACGCGACCGCUACCGAGACGUGCAGCUGCGUCGAUUCCGCGACAUCCGGCCUCUUCUUGGAUUUGACACCGACGCACGACGAUGCCCAACAACACCAACAACAACAGCAAAUAGGUGGCGGCGGUAGCCUAUGCCCAUCACCGUCCUCGUCACUCAAUUAUCACCACCAUCAUCAUCAUCACCGUCAGCUUCACCAUCAACAACAAUCUCAGCAGCAACAGCGCCAUCACCGCGGAUCGGGCCAGAGCGAUACGGACGAGGCGAUGGCGACGGCAGCUCUUCUGCGGAACAAACCGAGCCCGGGUUCCACGACCCUGGAGGACGUCCUUGACUCCCUCCUUGGCCUGCCAUCCGCGUCGCGUACCCCGAGUCCUGGGCCAGGUCCCGUCGUAACUGGUACAUCCACCACCAUACGCCAUCGAACUAACGUCGGCCAGGCUAAUGCGAAAGCCGGGAAGAGCUGCAGCGACCUACGCCAAGACCUCCAAGAGUCCGCUAAGAGCGUGGUGGACGUGCAAGGAACUUCGGAGGAGCGUGCCUCAUAUUACAUGGGCGAGCUUGUGCGGCGGAAAAGCGAGGGUAGCGACACCACGCCGUUGAAAACAGGCGGUGCACAGUCACAGAGAGGGGGCGGGCCGCUGGCGCAUCGAAGAGUGUCGUUCGACAGCAAUCAAGAGGCGAACGGAUUGGUAGGCUGCAACAUAGGAGAGAAAAUGAUACGUUGCCGCAACAACAAGUGCAGCAAUACGGCAACACUGGCCGAAGCGAAGCGGACGUAUAAAAGCUGUCACAACUGCACCUGCCUGUACUGUUCGAGGGAGUGCAGAAGGGCGCACUGGCAACGCCACAGGAGGACCUGUUUGCACUCCCGCGCGGGGAGCCUGUGCAAGCAGGUGUUGUCCUCGGCGAAGGAGGAUCCCGUCACGCUUAAGCACAUCUCGGCGUUGGCGAAACGUGGCCACGCGUUCCACGGCCGCGGCGCCGUCAAGUGUUUCUUCUCGAGCCCCGAGGCGGCUGAAAAAUUCAUCGCGAACGGUUUCGUGGACCUGGGCGAGCCCACUUACGUCCGUUGGUCCGAUCUGUUGGCGAGAGAGAUGGGGGCGGAAUUGUACGCCGAGGUGAUCAGACUUUGCAAAUCGUACAACCCUGACACGAGGCUGGUGCUCUACGUGGCCGUUUGCGUGGUGAGCGAGGUGCCUACGAGCGGGGCGGUGAAGUGGGAACGGCAAUUGGUGUCCAGAUGCGCCAAGAUCCACUUGGACACGGCCAACCGGCACCACACGUCCUCCUCGUCCGCCUCGCCCCAGGGCAGGCAACAGUCCACGUCCCCGUGCAAUAUCACCAGGGAGAUGGAGUCGCCGGAAAUGUUGGUGCUCACCUCGCUUCCAGGUAACAACGGGCAGAACACGCCGAAACGGAUCCGGGAGAUCAGCUUCAACAACAUUCAGAGGCAGCUGAAAUUGAGGGGCGUUUCGCUUAGGAGGCAUUUCCCCCAAGUUUAUAGGAAGCUCCGCGCCUACGUGGAUGGCACCGUGGAUAAAUUCGCACCAGUCACCAUCUAUCCGAGAGACCAGGCGUCUGGCAAGAGUUUCAUGUGCAUCAUCAUGCUCGGUGUUGAGCCUGAGCGUCUUCAGCUGCUUCCGACAGAUUCAUCUAGGGUUAGAACCGUUGAUAUUAGCGUGGAGGAGGAAUGAAGCUCUCCGAGUAGAGGCCACUUGAAGUUAAUCGCUUAAACUCGGUUCUUUUUUUUCAUUAAAUUAAGUAAGAAUAGGCUAAUAUGCUGGCUGAUGAUGAGAUUUUUUUCGGGAGGAGGUUUACGCCUCCUGAGCAAGAAAGGGAAAAGGGUUAUAUAAAGGAAACUGUGAGCGAAACAGCUGAAGGAAGCUUUUAGAAUUUGAUAGGGAAGUAAAUCAUGUUUGGAAUAAGAAAAGAAAAGAUACCGAUUAGGGUGGUCUUCUUUCAGAAGAAAAUGAUUUAUCAAAUCGAGGAAAUGAUCGUCGAGGUGGUUGAUAUGAUGUCCCAAUGACAGCUCGUGUGGAGCAACGAACAAAAUACUAUAGACAAAUUAGACUGUACGUUGCCAAACACUAAUCGCCUUCGUUCAGUUUUCGAUAUAGAUCUAAUUGUGUAUUUAUAGUUUAUGAUAAAAAUUUGUCAGAUACACGUUAGAAUCGUUGGAAAUGUUAGUUUGCGUGUCGUUCUCGACGUUAAGUGAACAUCGUGAUUUACGUACAAUGUUCGGAAUGAAUUAUCGUCGAUCGACAAGCAUUAAUUUUUAUGGACAUUUAACGAGCGUAUUUCCCUUCGUAAUCUAACGUAAUUGUAUCGAUUUUUAUGUUCACGAUUCUUAUUCGUGAAUUCUUAGGUAUCUCUCUCUUUCUCUCUCUAUCUAAUUGCUUCGAUAGAUUAAAAAAAAAUAUAAAAAAAAUCUCCUCGAUUUGGUUGUUACUCUUUCAAAUGUUUAUUAACUUAAUAUCGAUCGUCGAACGAAUCAACGAGCAAACUUUCAUAGACGGUUCCUAACCUAUCGGUAUCAGAUUAUUAUGUGUCCUUUUAGAAAAUUCAAAAUUUUUUUUCUUCAUCAAGAUUCUAAAAAAAACUGUAUGCGAAAUUUAAAUUGUAUUUGCAGUUUAUUAAUAUCUGCAAUCUUCUGAUUUUUUUCUUCUAAAAAAUUAUAUUUAUCAAGUAAUUGCUAAUCUGAUUAUAAUAAAUAAAAGAAAAAUUUGUUCAAACGCUCCAACGUUCGACACGUCGUUUUUGAAAGUAAUAUUGAGAAAUAUCUUGUUGUCCUCCCUUUCGUUCGAUUUAACGUAGUUAUGGUUGUUAUUUUUUGAAUUUUAUCGUAUAUAUUAUAUAUAAAGAUUAAAUCUCUAAGAUGCCCUCAAACUGUCUCGAUCAUAUUUCGAAAUGAAAUUUUUUCGAACAUGUCAUCUCGAGUCAGUCUGAACGUGUCGACAACAAAAAAAAAAAACAAA